AUGCACUUAGUCCCUAAGAUACUGCAUCCCGAUAUUGAAGCAUCCAGAUACUACGCCAAAAACUCGAAGUCUUUGGUCAUUCAGGGAGAUGGAAGCCGGGAUCGGACAAGUAAUAUCCAGGAAUGCUACAAAAAAUUACAUGCUCUGAUUAUAGCGGCUGGAAGGAGUUCCGUCAGAGGCGAGACUUCGCCAGCGCAGGUAGAGAAGGUCAAGAAUCUGCAGCGGAAAGAAAACGAUAUCCGACUGCUGUCUAAGAAGACGCAUGGAGAUAAGAAAGCCGCUCGCAAAGGGUUUUCAAAGAAGUCAAAUUAUUGA